AUGCUGACUAGCAUCAAGAUCAGAAGCUAUCAAGCAUUACAAGAAUACAGAGCAAUUGCAUACAAAAGCUAUCGACCUUCAUACAACGAAGAAGAAGGACAAUCUCACAAAGAACCCUACUGGUAUAACCGACGAUAUCAACGCCGACGACAACGUCAACCCAAGGCCAAGGGAUCGCAGCCUAUCCAAGAUGCCUUACAGCAACAUAACCCUACUGGUACAACCGACGACAUCAACGCCGACGAAAUCAACGUCGGCUCACAGUAUCCAUCAAGGAUAAACAUCCUGGAGCAACAUUGCCGCUCGUCUGAGUACUUAGGCGGCCAGAGUCAUCAAUCAAGCUUUGAUCACCUACCCGAUGCGAGCAACUCUGAUCAAGAUCCUACUGCCAUUCAACCCGAUUCUCAAGCUGGGCAAUUUGGCCCUGGCGAGAGCACGCAGCUCACCAAGGGGAUCAUACAGCAGGCUAACCCUCUUACUGUUACAACCAACAACGCCAAUACUUGGGUCGAUCAGACACCCGUACCCACUAUAGGCCUUGGAGGCGCGCCUACCACUACAGCUAUUGCCCCCCUUAUUGACAAGGAAGAUACCCCCGUUCAUUCGACUCCCUCGCUUAACUCUCAUGCGGCGAUUCAGGAAACCGCCCGGUCUAGGCAGGGCCGAAGUCAAGAUGCACAGGUAUCCCCAGUCAAGAAGGAGCAAGAACGACUACCCUCUGUCUACGGUGUUUUUGGAGGAGUUUCUAGAGGAGAUGUUUUUGGACGAGGAGUUUCUGGAGGUGUUUCUGAAGGUGUUUCUGAAGGUGUUUCUGGAGGUGUUUCUGGAGGUGUUUCGAGAGGAGGUGUCUUUUAUGGUGGCGAUUCUGAUGGAGGCUAUGACAGUGUGACGCGAUAA